AUGUCUGUAGACCAUAUUAGUGUUAGCUUCUCACGGCUUUCCUUGGCCAAAGCUACCAAAACAGCUGAUGCUCACGAUGUUGGCGUUACGGACGUUCAUGAGCCAUGGAAAAAGAGCGUCAUUUUUCAUCAACCCCAAGCCGAAUCGAAAAUGCUUCAAACAAUGCAAAAGCCUAUGCGUCGUUUACUAUCACGACAUUUCUCCAAACGUCGUUCAGCUCCUAUUACACCAUCCAUCACCGAUGAUACUACUCCUCCGAAACAUUUCCCGCAUGAUGAUGAAGCCGAUGAGCCGUCUCCAGAAUUAUCCAAGUAUACCAUGCCUAGACCCAUUCCUCAAGAUAACACCAUGCAUCGUGACAAGCAUCCUUCUAUGCAUAGACGUACAUCAUCAACACCACCACCCCAAUCUUUAUCCUCAGCUGCAGCUGUAGCCACCACAAAGCAACCUCUUCGCUCGUGCCUGAAGCGUAGUUCGAAGUCAGCAGACGCUGAUGACAUAGCUAUCGAAUCAUCCGAUAUGAUGAAUGUGAAUCGUACAUCAGUUGAAAUUGGCGGGAACACGUCCAAAAGAGACCAUUACCAUUCACACGCACGUACAAGCCCAACCUUGAUGUCGAAAUUGGAUGCAACCCAUCACCGCUCACGUUCAGUGGGUGACCUGCACCAUACCCAAAAUCCAAUGAAUCGUCCACCUACCCCACGACAAGUGAGCGACAACAGCAUUAUUGGCAAUACCAAUAAGCCAACCACAACAAUGCCAUCUCGUCGUGUAUCUUUUCGAGAUAGCUUGUACUCAUCUCGGCAAAGUGCUGGGAUUUCACCGGAUGUGUAUUCUCAAAAGUCGACAGCUCCUGUGACAUAUCCGUACCACCAAACCACACGUGGGACAAGGAAUGCAGCAACAACAACCCAGCAAUACUCUUCUCAUCAACAUGAGUCACCUGAAAAGAAACAUGUCAGGAUUGCUGAAGACGCCAUACGAGGUAGUAGUAGCAGCAACAGCAAACGUAAUUCAUCAUCUAGCAAGGAGCCAUCGUAUAACCUAAAGUCAUCCACCGAUGCUCGUCGACGUGCUGAGAUUUUACGCAAUCAACGACCACAGCAACAACAUCACCCAGUUGCCAUGCAUACUGCAUCUUCACCCUACAUGGGAGCAACACCACCAUCACCGUCAUCAACACCAUUGCCCAUGAUACCGCUUAUAGUGCCAUCCCCUUCUCCUCACCCUACAUCACCACCAUCAUCUUAUGGUAUACCUAUUGUGUUCCAUCCUAAUGGUGCUACAGCUACACCCGUUCCCGGUAUCCACAUGAUGCCAUCGCAUCAUCAUCAUCAUCACCGAAACCACCAUUCCCAUCGCCGCAGUAUGCAUCGAUAA